AGUGUUUUAAAAGUCUUGACUCGUUAGCCUAGGCAGAACCAGGCAUUACCCAUUGUCAAAGUGUCGAGGAGACGAGCUUAUCUACAUUCAGAACGCUGAGUAGAAGGAUCGAAUGCUACCGCUUCAGCUUGUACUGCGCCCAGAGCGAAAUGAUUGCGCCUGGCCCAGUCCACCACGGAUUCAUGCUAGAAAGAGUCGGUCGAUCCUCACUCGCCGUGUCUCGAACCGAGCACCGUUAGUGUGCUCCGUGCAGCAAUCCUACUUGUCCCCACCGACACCCAAGACAUUUCGUCGUCGAUCUCGCCACCUAGCGAUUUCCCAAAGCUCAUGGGCGACGCGAGAUGGCUUGAAUGCCUUCAUUCACUACUGGUCGACUGUGGUCAAGACAGUCGUUUCGACAACUACAGCCAUAGCCCAAUCUUUAUAUGAAACUGCGUCGACGACGCUCCAGAAUUGGUGGAAUGGAAAGCAAGAAGGCGACGUUAUCUCGUUGGAGGCGGUCGAACGAGAGUCCUCAACGCAGGAUCUCAAUGACAUUUUGGAGGAAAACAACCGUCUCAAGCGUAUGAUAAAGUUCGCAGUAAGUUCACAUGCCAUCAUGAAUGAGGCUACUAGCAUUCUUGAAGAUGGUGCCGAUCUCUGCGUAAAACGAGCUGGGGAUGUUGUGGAUAUCAAAGUUCAUGAAGUGCAGGAGCGUGAUGCCUUAACACUUCAACUUGAGGAGCUUCAAGAGCAGCUCGAGGACAAGGACCAAGAGAUCGAACGAUUGCGUGACGGAUACGUGUGGGCGACAGAGAAUCUGAAUACCAAGGAAGACGAGAUCUGCGAGUUGCAUGAGAGACUGGAGCACUACGAGACACUACUGAAAUCAGCAAAAGUUGUGUAAUAUGCAUCAUGUAUCAAUUUUCUGGCUA